GUUUCUUUAUUGCUUAAACAUGUCAAGCUCAAUUAACAUUUGCUUUUUUCGGAAUAUUCUGCGUGUCCAUGACAACCAGUCAUUGCAUGCUGCACUCAAAGGCAAUGCUCAUUUAUUGCCUGUUGUUUGCAUUGAUCCACGCAUGAUUGAUAUCACUCUUUUAAAUAACAAAGUCCAUCAGAAAUUUAAAGUGCCCAAGACGUAUUAUUUCAAGUUUGAUCGUGUCUCUGAUUUCCGUGCACACUUUUUGUACGAGACUAUUUUGGCCUUAAAGGAAGAACUCAAAAAACGCCAUACUGACCUUAUGAUUCUCUAUGGUAAACCCGAAGAACUGUUUCCUCGAUUAAAGGAACAUCUUGCUGAAAACAAUCUCAAGUUAGACAAGAUACAUACAAAUAAAGAGUAUGCCUAUGAAGAAUUGCUUGUUGAAAAAGACUUGUCCAAAGCCAUGGAUGAUGAUGUGGUCUAUCAUCAUGAUGCCUUGAUGGUAAACCCCGAAGACUUGGAUUUUGCAGGUGAACACACUUAUAAGGUCUACACGCAUUUCCGAAAGCGUAUUGAAAAAAUGACAGAUCCUGUACGGCCUCCUUUGGAAAUUCCUGACAAGUUGCCCUCAUUCCCUUCCAUUGCUUGGGAAUUUGACCAUGCCAAACAAGGAGAAGCAUUCCUGAAAGAGCUUUAUGAACAUGUGCCUAUCAAGAAAGACGAAAGAACUGCAUUUCCUUGGAAAGGUGGCGAACAGUCUGCUUUGGAAAGACUCCACCAAUAUCUGUUCAAAUCAGAUGGCGUAGCCAACUACAAGCAUACACGCAACGGUUUGAUCGGGACCGAAUAUUCUACUAAAUUCUCUGCCUUUCUGGCCAAUGGCUGCCUUUCGCCUCGUGUGAUUUGGCAUGAAAUGGAUCGUUUCGAUAAGGAAGAAAAUAGGAAAAGAAAGCGCAGUAUCAAGUCACAAAGCGAUGAUGAUGGUGUUUACUGGGUCAAGUUUGAGCUCUUAUGGAGAGACUUCUUCCGUAUGUUGACUGUAGGCUAUGGUACGCGUAUCUUUAUGCUUCAUGGAUUCAGAAAUCUUGAAAAUCCUAAUAUCGCUAAAGAAGACGCAAAGAAAAAGGUAGAUGAAAAGCCUCGCCCUAAGAAUAGCUAUGUAGAUAAGGUUUGGAGAUCAGACGAUGAACAGUUCAAAAAAUGGAAAGAAGGGGAUACAGGCAUUCCAUUUGUAGAUGCAUCUAUGAGAGAACUCAAGUAUACUGGCUUCAUGAACAACCGUGGACGUCAAAAUGUAGCUAGUUUCCUUGCCAAGGAUCUAGAAAUUGAUUGGCGCAUUGGUGCAGAAUAUUUUGAAUAUAUGCUUCGUGAUCACGAUGUUUAUUCAAACUAUGGCAACUGGCAAUAUGUGGCUGGCGUUGGUUGUGAUCCCCGCGAAGGUUUUAGACACUUUAACAUUCUAAAGCAAGGAUUAGAUUAUGACAAAGACGGUGAUUAUAUCAAGUUGUGGUGUCCCGAACUUGCAAAAUUACCUAUUAAAUAUGUACACUGCCCAUGGCUUAUGUCUGAAGAAGAACAAACGAAAUAUAAUUGUAAGAUUGGCAAGGACUAUCCUAAACCUAUGGCUAUUUUUGAUAACUGGAAGCGUUAUUAUCCUACCGGUAAAACCAAUGAAACUCUUGACAAGUAUAUCAAGUCUGAAGGCAAGAACAAAAAGACAAAGACCUCAAAGCAUUAAAGUAAAUUAUGCUUGUUGUAUAUGCAAAAUAAAUUCAUUUCUUCAGUGUAAAUAAUGAUAAUAA